AUAAAAAAACUUCCUUGGAUCAAUUUCUCUUCUAAUAUUUCAUUUUCUCAUCAGUCACACGACUCACUUGCAACAUGUAUAUUAAUGUUCUUGUAAUCAUCUUUUUCCUGCUCCUCUUAAUCAAACUGAUCAAACUGUUAUACUCACUUUUCUGGGUCCCUAAGAGAAUCCAGAAUCAUUUCUUGAAACAAUGUAUCGGAGGCCCUCGACACCGUCCGGUCAUCGGGAACUCUGUUGAAUUACGGAAAAUGAUCGGCGAAGCUCAAUCAAAAACUAUGCUAUUUACACAUGAUAUCCUUCAUAGGGUUUUACCUCACUAUCAUAUUUGGUCUAGUAUGUAUGGAAAUACGUAUCUUUAUUGGUUUGGUUCUUCACCAAGGUUGGCUUUAUCAGAUCCAGGUAUGAUCAAGGAAGUUUUAUUUAAUUCUAAUGGUUGUUUUGAUAGGGUCAAGUCCAACCCUUUAUCCAAACAGCUCUUUGGAGAGGGACUUGUUGGCUUGACAGGUGAAAAAUGGGUUACGCAUAGAAGGAUCACAAGUCAAGCCUUCACCAUGGAUAGAGUCAAGAGUUGGGUACCUGAUAUGGUAGCUAGCACGAAAGGCAUGCUAGAGAAAUGGGAAGAUAAUGCAAAAACAGAUAGGAAAGGCGAUGAGGGAUUCGAGAUUGACGUUCACACUGAGUUCCAUAAUCUAACUGCCGAUAUCAUCUCGCGUACUGCUUUCGGAAGUUGCUACGAGGAAGGGAAACAAAUAUUCAAACUACAAGAACAACAAAUGCACCUAGUUUCCUUGGCAAUAAGAAGUGUAUACAUUCCGGGUUUCAGGUUUUUACCUACAAAGAAGAACAGGAUGAGGCACAGAUUAAAUAAAGAAAUUCGAGAUUGGUUGCGUAAGCUAAUUGCAGCAAACCAUGAUACAAACGAAAAUUCGAAGAAUCUAUUGGGUUUAUUGAUGUCUGCUAGCAAGAACCAAGAAGGACAGGAAGAAAGUUUAGGUAUUGAUGAGGUUAUAGACGAAUGCAAGACAUUUUAUUUUGCAGGAAAGGAAACAACAGCGAAUCUAUUGACUUGGGCCUUUCUGCUUUUGGCGCUGCACCAGGAAUGGCAGAGCAAGGCGCGCCAAGAAAUCGACCUUGCGUUUGGAGAUAAUGGUAUUCCCACUGCAGAAAAUUUGUCUGAUCUCAAGAUAGUAGGAAUGAUCAUCAACGAAACAUUCAGAUUAUACCCACCUGCAGUGAUGUUAAUGAGACAAGCAUACAAGAAUGUUAAGCUGGGAAACCUUGACAUUCCAGCUGGAACACAACUCUUUCUGGCAAUGACAGCCGUCCACCAUGACAAACAGAUUUGGGGUGAAGAUGCAAAUGAAUUCAAUCCACUGAGAUUUUCGGAUACUAGAACACAGGGCGCAGGUUCAUUUUUUCCAUUUGGUUUAGGACCUAGAGUUUGUGUCGGUCAGAAUUUAGGUAUGGUUGAAGCCAAAGUUGCAUUAGCUAUGAUCAUUCGGCGAUUUUUAUUCACUGUUUCGCCAUCUUAUGUUCAUGCACCCAUCCAGUUUAUGACUCUACAACCUCAAUAUGGUGCUCAGGUUAUCUUCACAAGAAUUUGAGUUUCUUAGGGUUAUGUAAUUGAGGUGUUCACCAAACAAUAUACUGAUAUGUAUACUGUAUCUUUGUAAUAAAUUGAAAUGGCUGGACCUGGGAGGCUUCAAAAAUUGCAUUGAUUGGAGGCGUUCGUAUCGAAAAAAAAUAUUCCGUUGCCGGGACUUGAACCCGGGUCUCUCGGGUGAGAGCCGAGUAUCCUGACCACCUAGACUACAACGGAAGGUUGUGAUGGAUUUAGCAACUUGCGCACAUCAAUAUUGAAUACCAUACUAUGAAAGAAUGAAAAGAAUCAGAUUGAGAACUUACAAGACAAAUUCCAAACUCCCAUUUCCAUUUCCACAUACAUUAUACGAACCAAGGAACCAACAAAUUCUAAUCCAAGGAA